UUCAGUCUGUGGCAUGGAAGAGGCAGAUGGCUGCAGCCUUUCCGCUUUUCCUUCACUCCUGUUUCCAUCUCCACUUCCGUCCCCAACAUCUGCCUCAGCGUCAGGACUCAUAAAGGGCAAAGAGUGACAAACCGCAGAAGCAGGUAGGUUGUCUGCAGGUGGAGGAAACAAAGCGGAAAACCCCUCCGGUCGGCUGGAUGUGAGCGGCACAUCGACCGAAGGAGAAGUCCAACAAACGUGAUAUGGACCAAAAUAUCGGAGCAAGUACGAGGAUACGUUCAGUCUUCUUUUUUGUCUUUAUUCUGUAUUAUGAGCAGGCGGCAGUGUAGAGGAGCUAGUCCUGCCCAGAAAGGAGGAGGAGUAGGAAAGACGCGCAGAAGGGUGUCGACGGAGAGAGGCAGGGGUAGAGGAGAAGAGGAGGGGAAGAGCAGUGGAAAAAUAUUAGAGUAAUAUUACAAGCUUCUAAUAAUGGCGGCUAAAUCGGACGGGGUCCUGAAGAUAAAGAAGAGCGACGUGGCCUUCACCCCUCUGCAGAACUCGGAGCACUCCGGCUCGGUGCAGGGGCUCCACCCGGGCGCUCAACCCGACUCUGCAGGCACCGGGGAUGGAGACUUCGCCAACGGAGAGUCGCGGUGCUGCGGCGGGGGAGGCUCCAACUCGACGUGCCUUCGCCUGGGCAGGGAGCAGCAAAAAUACACGGUGUGGGACUGCUUGUGGAUCGUAGCCGCAGUGGCCGUGUAUCUGGCCGAUGUGGGCACCGACGUGUGGCUGUCGGUUGACUACUACCUCCGCCGCGACUACUGGUGGUUCGGCCUGACGCUCUUCUUCGUGGUGCUGGGCUCCUUCUCGGUCCAGCUGUUUAGCUUCAGAUGGUUCGUCCACGACUUCAGCACCGAGGACGGCGCGGAAUCCGCUGCCGACUGCUCCCACAUGGAUGGGAACAAGCUGCUGAGCGGCUCUGCCUCACACGGCGACGUUACCGCUCAACACCACCCGGCCACGCCGCAGAGACAGGCGUCGACCGCCAGCAAGAACACCACGACCAACAGCACCGCCAGCACGGCGGUGGGGAACAGGAGUAGGAAACGAACGGCCUACUACUCCUUCUGCGUCUGGUUCGGCCAGUCGGUCAUCCACAUCCUCCAGCUGGGCCAAAUAUGGAGGUAUUUCCAUACAAUCUACCUGGGCGUUCGGAGUCGUCAGAGUGCUGAGACAGACCGCUGGCGUUACUACUGGAGGAUGGUCUAUGAGUUUGCAGAUGUGAGCAUGCUGCAUCUAUUGGCCACCUUUCUGGAGAGCGCGCCACAACUGGUGCUGCAGCUGUGCAUCAUCAUACAGACACACAAGCUCCAGGCUGUACAAGGUAUGACAGCGGCAGCCUCCCUUGUGUCUCUGGCCUGGGCGCUGGCUUCCUACCAGAAGGCCCUGCGAGAGUCUCGGGAUGACAAGAAGCCGAUCAGCUACCUGGCUGUGAUCAUCCAGUUCUGCUGGCAUUUCUUCACUAUCGCCGCAAGGGUCAUCACCUUUGCCCUGUUUGCCUCUGUGUUCCAACUCUACUUUGGCAUCUUCAUUGUCCUGCACUGGUGCAUCAUGACCUUCUGGAUUGUCCACUGUGAGACAGACUUCUGCAUCAGCAAGUGGGAGGAAAUUGUGUUUGACAUGGUGGUGGGCAUAAUCUAUAUCUUUUCCUGGUUCAACGUCAAGGAGGGUCGGACAAGGUGUCGGCUUUUCAUCUAUUACCUGGUGAUCCUGGUGGAGAAUGCUGCACUCAGUGCGUUGUGGUAUCUCUACCGGUCGCCUCAUACCACUGACGCCUUUGCAGUUCCAGCACUCUGCGUCAUCUUCAGCAGUUUCCUCACUGGCGUGGUUUUCAUGCUCAUGUACUAUGCCUUUUUCCAUCCCAACGGGCCACGCUUUGGACGAUCGCCGAGCGGCCAGGGUCUGGACCUAGACCCCACUGCUCAGUUCUCCACACUACCAUCUGAAGGUGCCACCAACUCACUGCGCUCCAACCGAGGUGGCGCCACAACCCUGGAGCGUGACGUGGGGAAGUAUUCUGAGCGGGAUGGUUGCAUGCCGGUGUUUCAGGUCCGACCCACAGUGCCAUCUACACCAUCGUCUCGUGCCCCACGCCUGGAAGAGACAGUCAUCAAGAUCGACCUCUGCAGGAACCGCUACCCAGCCUGGGAGCGCCAUGUCCUCGACCGUAGUAUACGCAAGGCAAUCCUGGCCAUAGAUUGCUCCCUGACUCCUCCACGGCUGCAGUACAAAGAUGAUGCUCUGGUGCAGGAGAGGUUGGAAUAUGAGACCACGUUAUAGUUCCACCUGCUCUAAGAACCCAUACAGGGGUGCGGUCAUCAGAUGAUUAUCCUGCUAUCACAUGAACAGCAACAAGGACUGUGGCAAUAAGUAUUUGUUACUACCAACAGUCUCAUUUUUAAUCCCUCACUCCCCCUUUUUUUCUGUUCCUCGGCAUCAGCGCCCACCCAGGAGCAUUCAGCCAUUGGCAGUAAUGGGAGGAACAUCUUGGCAAGUGCAGUUGAUGUCGCUGGAAGUGUUUGGGGUCUUUGCAGGGUUGUUGCAGUUAUUUUUACUUCCACUUAUUAGGCAAAUCCUGUCUGGUAUGAACUAAAUGCGAAUCAAAAGAAUGCUUGGACACUCUGCCCAGAUCCUACUAGACACUGAUGCACUGUUUGGUUAAGGUUGGAAACGUUAAGGAUAAAAUAAGCAUGUACAUCCAGACAAGUUAUCAGAUAUUCCACUUUAACCUAAAUGACACCUGAAUUUCACAGAAAUCCUUCUAAUUUUUGAAAGAAAAUUAUCCAUCACUUCAAACUUUAAACUGUUUAUAUGUCUUAAUGUGUUGGUGUCUUAUUGUUUGGAAGUUCUGACAAAUUAAUCCCAUAGCAGCCACAACUGGGUGGGUACUUCCAUAAAUAUGUACAUGAUACCACUCGUCACUCCUAUUCUCUUAGUGCCAAAAAGGUUCCUUGGAAACGUCUUCUAGCUUCUGAGGAGUUGGAACACCUUAGCGAUGGUGAAGUCUUUCUCUGGCCUAGACAGGUCUUUCCUCUUGGAUUCAGGUCUACUCUGAAAGAAGGUCAGAUGGAAAGUGAACUACAUGAAGACAGUGGUCAAAGUAGCAUCUAUACUCAGUCAUUGUGUUGUGUUUGGAUACAAUUAACCAAACCUGGCUGGAAGGAAGGAUAGGGAGCGAGAUAGAAGAGGUGAACACUGGACAGACGCAAGCUCACUGUCUUUCUCUCACAUGGUAAUAAGUCAAACUCACACAAUGCCAAGAACAAAAUCUUCCUGGCAGCUCAACUCAACUAUUUGCAGUCCAGCCUCAUAAACCUGUCUGUGCAAUGAUACUGAUAUUUGCUUGUCUGUGAAAGAGAAUGUGGAGGGGAGAGCAGAAGAAAUGCACAAAGCCUCAGACAGCAAUGAAAAGGAGAUGACAGGAGAGGAGGACACAGGAAAUGGAAAUUAAUCGAGGAUGUAGAAAAAGGGAAAUUGCAGACAAGCAGCUAUCUCAGCCAAACUAAACCAACCACCAGGAUGUACAGUACUCUGACACAACAUGCAGCAUUUUUUACUUUAGAGAUGAUGUAGAGGGUACUGAAGUCACUGUAGUUCUGUGUUUUGUGUUUUAGUAUGUAUGUGUUGGCAACAGGUGUAUGUGUGUGUGUGUGUGUGUGUGUGUGUGUGUGUGGGUGGUGAAACAAGAGAAACAGCUCAGGAGGACAUGUGGUUGGGUGCUGUCAUCAGUCAGUGAAGGUACACCUUGACUUUCUGACUUUAAGUCUGCUUGUUCUUUGAUAAACACAUGUCACUUUCUG